CGGGACGUGGACGCACUGCAUAGUGGACUCUCUGACCAACUGCUUUAGUUUUGCUCGGUCCCCAAACCCAGAAGAAAAACAUACAAGUGCUGAGCGUCGACCUGUUGAGCGAGCGGGCUUGAAGAGCUCGAAAUGGCCGGGAGGCGCCUGUGUCUGCUGUGGUUGUGGCUCCUUGCACACUUCUGUAACCUGUCGUCUGCAAAUCUUGUUAACUACAAGACGGGAGCACGAUACGACUACGACUACAGGGCCACAACAGUUGUUCAUGAUGUCAGCCACGUAGUGACCAAGGCGCAGUUCAGCGUCAUACCCUUACGGCAUGAUGAGGAGAACGGCACCGUCUGUGAGCUGGUCGCGAACAACGUCGUUCAGGAGAUGAUACGGAGAGAUGGAAACCAAGCUUUACUCGAUGACUUGGACUACGACAACAGGUUUCUGUUCACAGUGACAAAACACGGUGAAGUUGUGCGCGUGUACCAUCCCCAUGAUGAACAUCACCACGUGUUGGCCACAAAGAAGGUCUUGGUAGGACUUCUGUCGGCACGUUUGCACACUACUCCUGAGACCAUGAGACAUGGAAGACCUUGGUCCUACAUUGUGAGAGAGACUGGACACGAAGGUGAAGAUGACCUGUCCUAUGUCGGUAAGAUCACUCCAGACGGAAUUGCGUUCACUAGAACAAAACACGGUCACGCCGUUCGGAACGCAGAGGCUAAAAACGAAAAGCAAAUUCUCUACCAUGCGGCGCAUGAGGUUCCUCACACAGUGCAAACAACGGAAAAGUUUUCAUCACCAAGGCAUUCAACGCCAGGAUUUAAUCCCAAUGCUGGUAUACCAGGGGAUCCGGCGAAACUACAAGAGCUUCAGGAUGAAGAUUUCGAAAUACCACUGAUGACAGCUGAAUCAGAUGGACACCUGAAGCUCCUACAAGUCAUACCCGCCGACAAACCAGAUGUCCAGGAAGGUGUUCCUGCAACUUUCAAGCAUGGUUCUCUUGUAAUUGAUGAGCCACCGAAACGUAUUAUGAAGUUGCAAGACCAAGAAGAGGCUAUAGUUGGCAACUUGACAUGUAUGAGAACUGUGCGACCUAAAGAAUCGCAAGAAAGGAUCUCCUGUUUUCACAACAUCAUGGAGGCGCUCGAGCAUCUCUCCCCGGACGAUCUGACCCGAGUGGCUAACAAGUACAUAACGGUCAACCCAACAUCAGAGGAAGCCAAGGAAAACCGUGACGCCAUUACUGACGCUCUGGGUGCCAUGGCAACGAACGACUCCCUCUACCUGAUGACGACGUUGGUCCUGACGCCUCAGCAAAGGGAUGCUAAGUUGGUCCUGAGAGCACUUUUCCAUUUCUUUGGGUUGGAAGGUCCGGCACCAAAGAUCGUCAUUGACACGGUGGAAAACAUGUGCUUCACCUGGAAGAUGGAAUAUGAUGAUGACCAGGACGGACGACACGUAUGGACACGAACACAUCUACUGCUCGGGGCUCUGGCGGGAAAACUACACGCCACCGACCCAGUACGAGCACACACGAUCAUCGACCGACUCCACGGGAUGGUGGAGAUACACGAUCCAUGGAAGCACCGCCAGCUGAGAUCAGUACUGACAGAAGAGGAGUACAGGAGUCACAACCACGAGAAGGCUACAAUCCUUGGCGCCCUGGGGAACGCUGGGAUGGACAAAUCCUAUGAGUACUUAGUUUCCUACGUGAAUAGUACUGAAUCACCCUCGAUUCUGAAGAGGACCAGCAUGACUGCACUGAAAAACUACCACCAUGAGCAGGCAGCAGAGGAGAUCCUGCGUGUGGCCCUAGAUGACCCUGUGGGACAUGUACGGUACGCUGCCGCUCUGGACUACCUGAGUCACCCGAAGGCCUCCAAACUCCAAACAGCUCAGAGACAAAUUAACGACAGGUAUCUGAACCAGACGGCCAUUGAGGAACUAAGAGAAAAGAGGGGCGUGAAUGAUCAACUCAACAAGCUGUUCAAGCCAUUCUACUUCAAACUAGAGACGCCGAGUUACGAUUGGCAUAAGCGGAUUGGUUCGAGCAAUAUCGGCGCGUCCAUGGGUCUGGUUAUCAGGAACAAGAUGGAGCUGGAUCUCAAACCGUUGUCAGGCAGGUUCUCAGUGGACGCAUUCGACAUGGCGUAUGCCAAGGUGCACAUCGGGCUCAUCAAUAUCGACUUGAAAUUCCUUGAUGCAAAAAUCUGUUACAGAGGAAAGGCAGAAUACGACUUCAACGUUUUCCAGGAAUUUAACUUUGAAGAGGUGUUCCGGUUGGUAAAGCUGUUUGACGGCUCUAUCAACAAAGUCGUUAACAGUAUAAAAGACAACAUCAUCCGUUUCAAGCGUCUUCUGUCAAGAACGACAGGAUCUAUAGACGGCAUCUUCCGGGACAUGAUAGAGGCUGUAGAAAACCUCCCCAACCAGGUGCGAGACUUCAGAGUAAAGGCAAAAGUCUUCAUCAGGAAAUCUGGCGAGUACACGAACCUUCCACCAGUCGUAGAGAACGUGAAGCAAGUGGUCCACCGGGUUAGCUCCCUCAUCAGUGACAUCAAGGCCGAAGUCAUGGAGUUCUAUCAUUCUAUAGCAGAUGCGGUCACUAUCACUCUGCCUUGGGCUGCCAAGCAGAUUGAAACAGGCGUGAGGAUGGUGGUCUCUUCCAUAGAACGCCUGAUCAAGACUCCAGCGACUGCCAUUGAGGAUAUCUACAAAGGAGUAACACUGAUUAAAUUUGCAGUCGCCGGUGUCCUCGAGGCAAAAGAACGUAUCGAGAAGGCUUUGUUGUUCAAUGAAGACAAAACACUUCACUGGAUGAACCUACAACAAGAUCUCUCAAAGAUUGAUGACGACAUCUCAGUUGCCCUGGACUCUCUCUUGGAACUGGACGACUGGGCGGUGCAGCAAGUAGAGGCUACAGAUAUAACUAUACGGUUUUAUGGAGUUAAUAUCACCGUACUAAGGCAACAGAUUGUCACGGAGCUUCGUGGACUCAUGGACGGACUGGUUGGUUCCGUGGCAGAAGUCCGUCGCAUUCCUGUAGCGUUCUUAUCUGCGUACAAUGAGACAGUGGACAUCAUCAAAUCCAUUAAGGACGGCUAUCAGGCAGUCACCACUGUUAAACGGACUUUAGAUACAAAAGACAUCAAUAUUUACGAUGAAGCCAAGUCCCUUGUGGAGCAAAUCUUCGGGAACAAGGCAGAUCAGGAUUUUCCCAGGAAGUACCUUGAGUCCCCCACCUGUGGGGACGGCUUCUACCCGAGCACCGGAGGAGGUCGUUAUGCGGAGCAAGGUGUGCUCCUUGAGGCAGGAGCAGGACAGCAAAUCGGAGCACCCUUUUCCGGUAUUGUGAGAAGGACCGGAAAUCACCAAGUAACAAUCACGACGGACGCGAUGGAAAAACUUGACGUCAUCAUUGGCAAUGUUGAUAUGGUCCCAGGGAAAGAGGGGAAAAGGGUAUUCAAGGGAACCCUUAUUGGAACGGUGUCCUCCUCUGACUGCCAGCCUAACCACAUUCACUUAGCGAUCAGAAACACCAAGACUGGAGGUUUAGUGGACCCUACACGCUUCAUGGAAAAGAGAGGCCUGGUACUUCCGAGCUUGGAGGUGGAUUGUGCAGACUAUAGCCUUAUCUUCGUGCCGGAGCUAAUCAUGGAUAUUGGAAUCUUUGACGCAGUUAGCGAAUUGGACCUUUCACCUGACAGACUCGUACCAGAUUUGUCUGAUCUUCAGGUUCCAGAUUUCAGUGCAGGGCUGGAUCAACUGUCUAAUCUCCAGGUUCCAGAUUUCAGUGCAGGACUGGAUCUCUCUAAUCUUCAGGUUCCAGAUCUGAGUAUAGCGUUUCCAGAUCUGAGCAUUGGGUUUGGUCAAGCAAUGGAUUUUGCGAGCAACUUGAACCUCCCAGACCUUACGGAGAGCGUGUCGCUACUCAAUUUUGACUUCCGAAGUGUGAAACUCCCUCAAGUCUUCGAUUUCAUGGUGUCAACUGGACUUGGGGAUGCCAAGGCUCAGCUUGAACAGGCUUUAGAGAGCGUUCAGGAAUUAUUUCACAUGGAGAAGACAUCUUGUCCCGUCCCUGAGACACUGGAUGAUGCUGCCCUGAAGAGAAUACUACGUGACAGAGGACACCCUACCACUGGUUCCAGACUUAGGCUGCUGGAGAACUACAGGAAGCCAGAGAACCGAUGUCCUGACCUAAGACGCCAUCUACCACAGAACAUGCACUGCUUCUUUGAAGAGAACUGUCUGGGAGUGACGUGCUGUGUCGAGCUGGAUCUUAAGUUCACCAAACAGUCUUUUGGAGCCUUUGCAAGGAUUGAUCCUUGUAAUUACCAGCUGACCCUUGGGUUGGGGUCAUGGAGAAAGACAUUUAACAUCACAAAUCCCUUCUUUGCGGAGGAAGAUGUUGGACCUACAGAAGAAAACCUGCAGAUACUGGACAUCGCACAAGUCGUUUUCAAGUAUGUCAUCACUGCCAUUCCUGGCGGUGUGAAGGUCACUUUUCAAACGGCAGUCUGUUCAUCACGAGCCGAUUUGUGCAUGCCGUAUGUCAGCAUCUUCAGCAGCAUCAGGCUUCAGCUGGGAGUGUGCCAAAGAACGUCGCCUGCACCAGCUAGACAGAGAAGAGAGGAGAAGGGUAAUGAGGAUCUGAAAUCCCCACCCAUACGUUACUCACCCGAACAGGAUGGCUACACAAUGAUUGCAACCAACGUCCCCCUGUUCCAUGCCCUCCAUGAGAUGCCCAUUGUUCUCGACCCAACCAGACUGGAUGAAGGCGGUGAAAUAGAAGAAACACUGAGGAGAAACAAGGCACAGUACCACCAAAGCUGCCGUUAUCUAUUCAACAACACCAAACUGGAGAGGGCAAGAAAGAGAAGACAUGGGCUUCAAACUUCUCAGUCAGAAGAAGGACAAACCAAACUGCGAAGAACCAGCCGUGACGGUCUGGAAUCUGAGUGCUUUCUUUGUGAACAAGAAGAACCUGCAUUAGAACUGAGACAUGCCAUGACCAUGAAGCUUAACAAAAGAGUCAAUGACUGUGCUACAACUCUAAAGGAUGGAAGACUGCUGAAAAUACUGAGUGGUGGAGACGUCGUAGCACAGGAGCUCAAGUAUCAUCCUGCAUGCUUGACAUCCCUGUACAACAGAGAGAGAGCCUACCUGAGAAAUGUCGAACAAAGAGAGCAGAGCCAGAAGCAGGAUGUCUACCCACUGGCAUUUUCAGAGCUUGUUACCUACAUAGUGGAGACCAAACUCAGUUUUGAGGGACCUACAAUAUUCAAGCUGGCAGAUAUGGUUAAUCUGUACAAACAGCGUCUACAACAGUUGGGGAUGGAGACACCGGAUGUUAACUGCACCAGACUGAAGGACAAGCUGUUGGCUGAAUUGCCUGAGCUGGAAGCUCACAAGAAGGGAAGAGACGUUCUGCUGGCUUUCCGAAAAGAUGUUGGCUUUUCCCUGUCACAAGCCUCUAACUACACCGAUGCCAUGACUCUUGCCAAAGCAGCCACGAUCUUAAGGAGACACAUGCUGGACCACAAGUUUUCGUUCGAAGGAACGUUUCAUGAGGGCAUUGAAAAUGCCAUUCCACCCAGCCUCCUUCAAUUCGUGGGCAUGAUUGAGCAUGGGGCUGACAUUAAAUCACAACUGAGAUUUGGUGCUUCAAAGUCAGACCUUGCAAUUGCACAGCUGUUGCAGUACAACUGCUACACAAGAUACAAGGAAGGAGCAUCGACUCACAGGCAUUCCAAAGAUCGGGAAACGCCAUUUCCCAUUUACAUGGGAAUGUCCAUAUAUGCCAAGACCAGAAAGAAGUUGCUGGUGAACAUGCUUCAUGAUCAUGGUCUUGGUAUUCCGUAUGACAGGGUACUGGAGAUAUCUGCACAGCUUGGAGAUGCAAGCAUUAACAGGUACAUAGAGGAUGGUGUGGUCUGCCCACACGCUCUGAGGAGAGGGCUGUUCACCAUAACAGCCAUGGACAACAUAGACCACAAUCCUACUGCAACAACUGCAACCACCUCUUUCCAUGGCACCAGCAUUUCAGCUUUCCAGCUCCCAACAGAAGGUAAUCAGGGUGAAUUUCGGGAACCUCUGACGCUGAGGCUUGGUGAGGAGAAAGUGAAGAAAGUUCCAGAACUGCCCGAGUUCUAUACCAAUAUUCGUCCAGCCUUCUUCACAAAGAAAAACCCUUCGCCUCCACGAAGCCAUGGUGUGCAGACAGUUCAAGACAAUACUCUGUUAGGACCACAAUUGGCACUAGAGUAUGCGUGGCUGGAGAAAGUCAGUGUGGAAGAAGAAACAGACGGAGCAGUGAAUCUGACCUGGUCAGCCCACCAUGCCUCCCAGAAGAGAAGCCCUAAAGUUGAGGUUAGCGUAACGUCACUGUUACCUCUCUUUCGAGAUCCAGCCCACUCGGUUGCUACUAUCAGACAUGUUAUGGACAAAGUCAUGGAGACUGUAACUUUCCUGAAUCCAGGCCAGAUACCUGUCAUGACUGCUGACCAGCCAAUCUAUGCAUUGGCAAAGCAAAUCCAGUGGCACUGGCCUGAGCAGUAUGGUGAGGAUAAGUUUGUCAUGAUGUUUGGAGGCCUACACAUUGAGUUGGCUGCACUGAGGUCAGUUGGAACAAUUCUACAGGGCAGUGGCUGGACGUGGGCCCUCGUGGAGGCAGGGGUGGCAUCCUCUGGGACUGCAGAAUCUUUCCUAUCAGCAGCAAGCAUCACCAGGACACGCCAGGCUCACCAGAUAACAGCAUGUAGUCUCUACCAACUAAUGAAGGCAGCCUACAGUGACUAUUGUACCGAGGCAGCUGACAACUCUGAGGAACUGCUGAGCUUUGAUGCUUGGUGUGAUAGCCGCAAGCUGCAGAGUCCCCAGUUUCAGUUCUGGAGUUUGGUGCUGUCGAUGGAGCUCGUGAUCCUGCUACUGAUCCGAGCAUUUAGGGAAGCCAACUUCAACCUGUAUUGCCAGGCAUUGGCUGAGCUCAUUCCAUACUUCUUCGCCAACAACAACACAAAGUAUGCACGUUGGCUCCCCAUCCAUCUCAAAGACAUGUUGACCCUGAAAGAGAAGCAUCCACAGCUGGCCGAGGAGUUUGAGAGUGGAAAGUUUGUUGUUCACAAGUCAAGACGUGAUUUCUCUGGAAUGGCUAUUGACCAGGCACACGAGCAGGCCAAUGCUGUUAUCAAAGCUGAUGGGGGGGGGCGGUUGGUGUGA